UGUUUUCACGUGCGAACGUACCAAUUCAGGAUCAGCUGAGUGACGCGCAGCGUAAGUCAUCGUCACCACGAACAACUCUGAUUUCCUGGUCGAUACAGCCCCGCCUUGCCGCGAGAGCUCACUGCGCCCCGUUGUCCCGUUGAAAAAAACAUUCAAAUCAACUGCGGACGGAUGGUUCUCUUUUCUCUAUGUUUGUUUUCCAGGACACACAGGCACUUUUAUGAGUUUGUUUCACAAUUACAGCGUAUCUCAUCGUGGUUCACGCAGCCGUGAGACCGCGGGGAUUUGUUGUGGAAGCGAGGUCACGUCCACGUGGUUGAUCUGUCGGCUAACCCUGAUGCAGAAAAUGGCCUCCUCAAGCCAAGCAAGUGCCCUCUCGAGUGACAAGCAACAAGACGUGUCUGGUCAAGCUGCGGGAACGGAAUCUCCCAGCGGUCAGGACAAAACGGUGCAAGGGGCUCUCGUUCAUCCCCGGGCUGUCCUGAAGGGCAAUGUGGAACUAAACGACGGCUGCUGCAUUGGAGUAGCUACAGUUAUCGAUGGAGGACAAGGCGGGAUUUCUUUCGGAAAGAACACUGUUGUCGAGGAUCGCGUCCAGAUCACAAACAGCAAUCCGACGCGUAUGACCAUUGGAAGUUACACUUGGAUCGAGGACCACGCUGUCCUGCGAAACGUUCAGAAGGUGGGGGAUUAUGUCCGUAUCGAAGCAGCAGCCCAAGUUGUUGAUUGUGAAGAACUCGGAAACGGCUGCACCGUGACUCAAGGAGUCCAAGUGAAAUCCAGAGGGGCGAUAGGACCCCAAACCGUUAUAUUCGGGGAGGUGGGACGCAUGGCCCACGAUCCUUCUUCUAUGAUGAGGCACGCGGCGUCCGUGGCGGCGUAUCUUCCGGGUCACCAGCGGUUGCUGGAGAAUCAUGUUUAAAUCAAAACUGGUGACUUAAUUGUUUUCGAAAACCGUUUGGGAUAGGCAUGUGAGACAGAGCCUGUGUGUGACACUGUUGCCUGCGGAACAAGUAUUGAACCAGACACCAAUUUCGAUUGUGUCGUCACUUUGUUUUGUCGGGGAACUCCACCCUCUCAAGCGCGAUAAGUGAGAACACGACGCGUGUUUCUGCCUGUCGUAGUUUUAUGGAAUACGUAGUCUUUGCUGCAGACUUGUUUCGAAACGUUAGUAUCAACGGCACGCGUAGAAGGCAUGACUUCUCUCAGGAAGGCUGUCUGCCUGUAAGCUGCUCACAAAGUGUCAGUGCAGCUGUGGUGAAUGCGUGUGCAGAGAAUGAGAAGUCGCGCACGUUUCGACUGAUUUUUCGCCACGCCUCUCUCCACUGAGCAACACUUUUCACAGGCUGAGGCGCUACGUCUUUUCUACGGAACAGUGCGGAUCGAAUCCCCUUUCGUCCUGGGAAAAAACAUGCUGAAUGAAUU